AUGGCGGAAACAACUGUAGUAUUGACUGAUAAAACCUCCAAUCCGGGAAUCACAAUCGUCGCCAUCAAUCGACCCCAGAGAAAGAACGCAGUCGACCCUGCGACCGCAAAGCAGCUAUACGAGGCCAUUCUCGCCUUCGAAGAAGAUGCAACGCAGAAAGUCUGCGUCCUAACGGGCAUCGGGAACACAUUCUGCGCUGGAGCCGACCUGCACAAUGUCGCCCAGAAGACGGACGACUCUCCUCCAGCCGAGAACCUACAGCCCGUCAACAACCGCAACCUAGGUCCCAUGGGCCCCUCACGGCUGAUCGUGCAGAAACCGGUGAUUGCUGCUGUAGCCGGAUACGCCGUGGCGGGGGGACUAGAACUUAGCCUUCUUGCCGAUAUGCGCGUUGCCGAAGAAGACGCAGUCUUUGGCGUAUUCUGUCGCCGUUGGGGCGUCCCUCUAAUUGACGGCGGUACCGUCCGUUUACAAGCCAUCGUUGGCCUGGGACGCGCUCUCGAUAUGAUCCUGACUGGUCGUCCCGUGGGAGCUCAAGAAGCCCUCUCGAUGGGACUUGCCAAUCGCGUGGUGCCAAAGGGACAGGCUCUCCAGCAGGCACUGGAGAUUGCCAAGCAGCUUAUCGCGUUCCCGGAGCUCUGCAUGAACACGGAUCGUCGGUCUGCAUACUAUAGUGCCUACGAGGCAUCCUCUUUCCAAGAUGCCAUGUCCCAGGAGUUCAACGCCGGGGUUAAAGUCGUCUCGAAGGAGGCAAUUGCAGGCGCUGCCAAGUUCAGUAAAGGAGCCGGUCGGCAUGGUAGCUUCAAAGAGCUUAGCAAGCUUUGA